AUGGAGUACUCAGUUUCUGCUCCUGUCCUGAAUGGUCGCCUGUACAAAUCUCGGAAAUGCCGGCCUUGCGAUGCUUGUCGAAAGCGUAAAGUGGCCUGCGACAUGCCCCAUGGACCGCCGUGUCACCGAUGCACCAACAGAGAUCAAGAAUGCACAUUUGAGGAGGGUCCGGGGCCGCGGAAAAGGGCGAGAUUAUACGAGCAACUGGAAACAUUCGAGACAUGCGAACAACCCGACGGAUGGCUGCAUCUCUUGACCGAGACCCGACCGAAUGAUGGGAAAGACGUUGAAGGCUUUACACCAGAAGAGACUCGGCAGGCAGAAUCAAUAAGUCCGCAAAGAAGUGAUUCACCAGUCAGUCGAUAUGGAACGGCGGGGGUCGGUUCUCGAGGCAGCAUCUCAUCCAGCCCGGAAAUGUCUCCACCUAGUCGAGAACGACCGGCGUUCCGAGAUUCGCCUUCUCAGGUGGAUUCCCUUGAAUUUAUUCCAGGGGCGUUUAGCUUCUAUAUUGGCCCGACGGGGGUUUCCGAUAUUCAUAUCCUGAGCCACCAAGCCUACGAUGGCCAGAAUGUGUCGUUACCGAAAGUGAAUGGCUUGAAGUAUCGAAUCAUGGAUAAUGCACACCAAAAAGAGGGAAAGCCAUUCGAGCUCUCACACCCUACUGUCUUUGGGAUCACAGAUCAUUCUCUUCUGGAGAAGGCGGAGCCAAAGCUAGAUCCGCAGCUUACGGACAAUGCGUGGCCUCGUCUAUGGGCUAUGAUGGAUCCCACUGCAGCGUGGCAUCUCAUCAAAUUAUAUUCUCGAUAUGUUGACCCUUAUUUUCCAAUUUUGUCGAGCCACCAGAUCCCAUCAUCGCCGGGCGAGUUAGUUAGAAUGCCUUUGGCAUUAUUGACAGCAAUAUGCGCCACUGCCCUUCCGUUCGUUAUGUAUGACGACAGUCUCUACACAUUGCUGUUAAACCCGCCAUCCAGUGAGCAAUUGUAUCGUCUGUGUUGGCUUUGCUUAUCGCAGGAACUUCACGCUCCUUCCCUCGCCACUCUCCAAGCCUGUCUUCUCCUUCAACAGCGACUUCCUACCAACAUGUAUCUUUCCGACACCGCGUUUGCAUGGACGCUUUCGUCAACUUCUCUGGCAGUUGCACAGACUAUUGGGCUUCACCGAGACCCAGAGUCAUGGAUGUCCAUUCCACCCUGGGAGAAAAGGCUUCGUCGUCGACUCUGGUGGGGACUCUACAUCAUGGAGAAAUGGGUCGCUCUUGCGCGAGGAAUGCCCAGUCAUUUAGGUGAUGAUGAUUACGAUGUAUCCCUGCUCCAGCAAGAAGACAUUCAAGAUACCUUGUCUGACUCGCCGGACACAAAGAGUCACAUGUAUCAUCUUUCAACAUUAACAACAAUUCUGUGGGAUAUCCAGAGGUCAUUCUAUUCGGUGAAGGCGAUCGGAAAGACCUCUAAUGAUCUCCAAUAUUCCUUGGAUCUUGCACGACCAAUGCGUGUGAAGCUCAAGGAUUGGCGUGAGAAUUUGCCAAGUAACCUGAAAUCAACGUCUAACGCAGCGAAUUCCGGUGGGGACCUCGAUGGAAACGGGUCCCUCUACCUCUCCUACAUUGUUACCCACGUCGCCCUCCUACGCGCAUUGUUACGGCCGUUGGACCGAUGGCCGACAAUAAUCCAACGAAACAAAGAAGAGCCAGAUGCGACAUACGAAGGGGCUAAAGCGGUUGUCAAGGGAGCAUUAUUAUGUGUGAAGGAAUUUGUCGAAUUUGUCGAGAAGCUCACGGGAGCUCAGUGGAAUUCGUUCUGGCAUAGUUGGAGUCGACCCAAUUUUGCUAUUGCUGGUUCAUUCAUGGUGCAUCUUUUACAAAUCGUCACACCAUCCAAUCGAGCUGAAAUUCCAGCCACGUUCGAGCUUGCAAAGUAUUCAUUCGAAAAAGAAUACGCCGAGCUCCAAAGCUGGAUUCGGAGAUGGCGUUGGGCAACACGUAUUUCGGCAAAUGGAGCGGCAGGUGUCAAGGGCCUAACGAAUCUCGGAUUUAUCAAGGUGGAAACAUUGAUGGGCAAUGUAACAUAA